AUGCGUUCAACUGAACGGAUAAAUGAACGUGUGCCUUAUGACUUGGGCUAUCGCGUGUGGGUGAAAACUCCACAUAGCUGGUGUACAACCCGGUACCAGGUGGGGCAUGUCACUGGACUAAGUAACUCGCACUCUGUGCUGGUUGAUGGCAUACCAAGACACAUAAAGGACUUGCGUCGCUAUGUAGGUACAGAUACGUCAACAAGUGACACUAGCAGUGAGUGCUCAGAAAGUGAACAAAUAAUUACCAUUGGAGGUAGGGCUAGCACCUCUUCAGAUGGUGAAGACUCUGUGCGUGAGGUUGUCAGACCAGAAGAAUCCUCAGAAGAAGAAUCUUCAGAACAUUCUUCAGAUGAUGAAGACUCUGCGCAUGAGGUUAAUCAAGUGACAACAGGUUUCUUUAGCACUUAUUUUGUUUUCUCCUCUUACUUUUUCCUUUUCUUUUCCUUAACUUCUUUCUUCUUUUAUCUUCUAUCUUUCUUCUUUUCUUUCUUCCUUUCUUGCUUUUUCUUCUUUUCUUCACACUUUUUUCUUUUUUUUUUCUUUUCCUUUCUUCCUUUUUUCACCUUCUUUAUAUAUCUGGCAGGGGUGACUGGUCGAAAAUGGCAGCAAAGCUCCAUAUAUUUUCCAGCUUUUCACUCCCUGAAUUCCCUCCUUUUAGUGUUUGCGUUCGUUUUUUUCUUUUUUUUGUUUAAUCCCCUCUUUCUUUUCUUUUUGUUUAAAUUUUAUUUUUUUUUUUUUUGUUCGUUCUUUUCUUUCUUUUAUAAAUUUCUUUCUUUCUUUAAAAAUAUUUUUCAGAAGAGAAUCUUUUUUCGUUUCUUUUCUUUCUUUCUUUUAUUUUAUUUCACUCUUUCUUUGAUCGAAAUUUUCUUUGUUUCGUUAUUUCUUUCUUUCUUUGUUUUAAUUCGUUCUUUCUUUUCGUUUACAAAGAAAAUUCUUUCUUUUUUGGUUUUUUUUCUUUCUUUGUUUGAUUUCCUUUUAGAUAUUUUCUUUUUCUUUCUUUCUUUCUUGUUUCAAACCUCUUCGUUCUGCUUUCUUUCUUUUCGUUUUUUUUUUCUUUUUUUUUAA